CCGGAAGCGGAAGUGGUGGGUUGUGUGCCGGAUUCGGGGAUCAGUGAGCAUUAGGUUCCCAUGGCGGCGGAGCGAGAAUCGGAGUCCGCUGAGCCUCCUGGCUCUGAGACGCUGCUGGACGCCGUGCUGCGGACCCUCUACGACCUGGGAGAGACAGAAGGUGAAGCAAAGCAGAAAAGGAUCAGAAAGAAGAGAGAAAAGAAGAGAGACACAGAGAUGGUGACAGACAUGGCUGCCGAGCCGCUUCCCCUGCCUGGACCUCCUUCGCGAGGCCAGAGAAAGGGUGCUUCCAGCUUUUUCAAGGAACUCAAAGAAGAGCUGCGGUCUGCUGCUGCUGCUCCUGCAGACAUCCCUACGCCUGCUGCAGCCUUGUUCUCUCUCCCAAAGAGCAGCAGCAAGCUAGUGGAAGUGGUUGAGUUUCAUAGCAAAAGGAAAAAGAGAAAAGCUAAGUCAGAUGAAGAUGAGCGUGCACAGACUAAAAUAAGGGCUCUUGAAGAAGAUGUGGGCAUUCAAGAAUUUAACCUAGAAAAGGCUCGUUUGGAAGUCCAUCGCUUUGGGAUCACAGGCUACGGCAAAGGAAAAGAAAGAGUCCUGGAACGGGAGCGGGCCAUCAUGCUGGGGGCUAAGCCUCCCAAAAAUAGUUACGUGAAUUACAAGGUUUUGCAGAAACAAAUAAAAGAGAAAAAAGCAGCAGUGGAAGAGGAAAAGAGGAAGGCUCAGGACACAGACAUUUUCAAGAGAAAGAAGAGGACGGGGAAAGGACAGGAAGACAGGAGAUCCAAGAAGUCGGCUCCCAGCAUUUUGUCAAAUGGACGGGUUGGACAAGUUGGAAAAUUCAGGAACGGGACAUUGAUUCUAAGCCCCACUGAUAUCAAGAAAAUAAACUCUUCCAGGGUAUCUAAGUGAAGUGCUUUGUUAGCUCCAGAGAGGAGUGAGAACACGUGACAGUGCUGACACAGGGCCCCGCAAAACCUGCAGGCUGCCCUCUCAUGUUCCAGAGGAUCUUUUCCAUUUGAGGAGCAAGUCUGAUGAACAGGGCAGUGACCCUGCUGAAUGCCGGGCUGAGCCCAGGCUCCACUCCAAAGGCAUACCCCACCCUGGGCGUACAGCAG